CUGUUUUGGCCCAAGCAGUCUGCGGCCAGGGCCCCCAAACCGCUCCUGCAUGCUGUCCCCAGACAAGGAGCCGCGCCCGGGAGGCAGAGCCGCCGCGACGGCCAACAUCUGGACGGCCGCGGGCGAUGGGGACGUCGGCCGGGUCGAGGACCUGAUGCGGACACAGGGGCUGUCCCCGACGUCGCCAGACGAGGUCGGCUACACGCCCGCGCACGCGGCAGCGGCGGGGGGGCACGCGCGGCUGCUGGCGGCGCUGCUGGGCCGGGACGCGGCGGCGGCCAACGUGCGGGAUCUGGACGGUGACGCGCCGCUGCACCACGUGGCCAUCUCGGAGCUCGGCGAGGAUGCCCUGCGCUCGGUCGUGCGGCUUCUGCUGGACUGCAGGGCGGACCCCGAAGCCAGGAACGACGAAGGGCAGACUUGCCUGGACGUGGCCAGGGAGGACCAGGAGGCGGAGCUCGCGGCCCUCGGCGCCGACGCGGCGGACGGCGCCGAGGGCGCCGAGGGCGCCGCAGAGCCAGCGGCCGCCGCCCCGGAGGCCGCCUUCGCGCGCGUGCUGCGGGAGCUGACGGCGGCCGCGCCGGGCGGCGCGCGGUGA